CCGCUGCGGCGGGGCAGUGCGGGGCCGGCGGGACCGCGCGCAGGAGUUUGCGAGGCUGCCUUGGAGAGCGCGGUCCCCCAAGAAGACUGCGUGCCUCCUGAGUCCCAAGUCUAGCCUGAGGAAUCGCCAUUUGCUUUUAAUUGGCACAUGGAGCACAAAAUCAGAGCCCUGAUUCUUCUCAGAACUAUUCCAUGUCAAGUCCCAACAGCCAUCUCAACUGAGCUAACAUAUAAAACAAAUAUAAGAAGACUCUGAAAGGGAGAGAAAAGAAGGCAGACCAUCUAUAGAUCUCAAGACCCAAGGACCAACAUAAUGUGUCUGUAUCCUGCAUGUAACAUUAUGCUGUAGUGUUGCAAGAAGUUGCCAGUGAGGGAAACUGAGCAGUGGAUACGUGGGAUCUCCUUGUAUUACAAAAAACACAAGGUCGUUCUCUGAUUUCGACAGUUGGGCACAACUUCGUUGCUGGGAAAAGGUGAUUUCAAGGCCAAGAAAGAAGAGAGAACUCUCACCACCACAUUGCAAAGGGAAUACAUUGCCAGAAUUUGGAAUACUUUUUUGGACAAACAUUUCUCCAGGGAGGAUGGAGCCCUCGGCACCCCCACGUCACCACCUUUGAAGGACCGAUUCCGUCAGCCUGUGCCAGUUCCUGCUGCCACCAUGGGACCUGCAGGCAGCGUGCUUAGCGGGGGACAAAUGCAGGUCGUCCUGUGGGGGAGUUUGGCAGCUGUUGCCACGUUCUUCCUCAUCACCUUCCUCAUCUUCCUGUGCUCCAGUUGCGAUAGGGAAAAGAAGCCGAAACAGCAGAGUGGGGACCAUGAGAACCUGAUGAACGUGCCUUCAGACAAAGAGAUGUUUAGCCGUUCAAUUACCAGCCUGGCAACAGAUGCGCCUGCCAGCAGCGAACAGAACGGGGCGCUCACCAACGGGGACAUUCUUUCAGAAGACAGUACUCUGACCUGCAUGCAGCAUUACGAGGAAGUCCAGACCUCAGCUUCGGAUCUCUUGGACUCGCAGGACAGCACAGGGAAGCCAAAGUGUCAUCAGAGUCGGGAGCUGCCCAGAAUCCCUCCUGAGAGCGCGGUAGACACUGUGCUCACGGUGAGAAGUGCGGAUGGGGACCCGGGCCCGGGCGUGGAGGGGCCGUACGAAGUGCUCAAGGACAGCUCCUCCCAAGAAAACAUGGUGGAGGACUGCUUGUAUGAGACCGUGAAAGAAAUCAAGGAGGUGGCAGCAGCCACACACCUGGAUAAAGGCCACAGUGGCAAGUCAAAGUCUACUUCUACCUUGAAGGAGCUUCCCGGGCCCCACACCGAGGGCAAAGCAGAGUUCGCUGAAUAUGCCUCUGUGGACAGAAACAAAAAGUGUCGCCAAAGUGUGAAUGCAGAGAGUAUUCUCGACAAUUCGUGUGAUCCAGAAGAGGAGGCGCCGCCACCUGUCCCUGUCAAACUUCUGGAUGAGAAUGAAAACCUUCAGGAGGGGGAAGGGAGAGAGGCAGGAGAGGAGAGAGCCGCGGAGAGGACCAGCGAAACCAACAAGAGAUUUAGUUCAUUGUCCUACAAGUCUCGGGAAGAAGACCCAACUCUCACAGAAGAAGAAAUCUCAGCCAUGUACUCAUCCGUGAAUAAACCUUUGCUUAAAGCGGCAGAGGCCACCUACACCUCCAUUCAAGGGGCCCCUCAGAGGUCGCCGUCCUCCUGCAAUGAUCUCUAUGCUACUGUUAAAGACUUUGAAACCACUCCACACAGCACACUUCUACCAGCGGGGAGACCCAGCGAGGAGCCAGAGCCCGAUUAUGAAGCAAUACAGACUCUAAGCAGAGAGGAAGAAAAGGUCCCCCUGGGGGCCAGCGGCCACCAUGGCCUGGUCCCAAAGGAGAACGACUACGAGAGCAUUAGUGACUUGCAGCAAGGCAGAGACGUCACCAGGCUCUAGCAACCCAGAAGACGACCCCAGACAGCCUGUGCUCAGCCUCUGGGGACGUUUCUUCUGCUGAAGAGAAGUGGUGACACAAACCUACACCUUACGUGCUGCUUCAGUCAACUGAAGACAGUCGGAGGUGCCGGGACCGUGUCCCCUGUUUUCCAGUUUCUGAGACAGCGAGGCAGGGACCAGGCUGCACCCGAGCGUGCCCCUGCCCGCUGGGGACACAGGCACGGCCACGCACGUCUCCGUGUGCACCCUCGCCCUCCGCAGAAGACCCGCCUGUCCGUGGCCUCAUGCCACUGCUGGGGACAGCCAGGCUGUGAGGAAGAACUGCACUCAGCAAGGACUGCAGCUCCCCCAGCCUAAGAUACUGCCAUGCGCAAGAGCCAGGUUUUUCUUCCUCUCUUUCCUUUUCUCUGUCUGCUACUGACUUGAAAACGUAUGGCUUUUCCCCCUUGAAAUGUUUUGAGUUCUGUGGUUCAUUCCAAGGAAAUUCUCCCACAAGGCUUGGCCUUAGCCUUCCACAUAGGUGUUUUAGGAGGGUGAGAGCCCAGGGUGGCUGGUCACCAUGCGGCGCGCCAGUCCUCUUCAAAGAGCCGUGUGUCAGCACCUGGGAAUCUGACUCUGACCCCUGCAGGGGAACAGGACGAAGGAGGGACAUCCUUGAGUCUCUCUUCAGGCUUUGUUCCUUCUCAUUUUGGCACUCUACGUCAGCAGCCUCUCCCCAAAGUACUUGAAGUCAGUUUUAGAUGCUUGCUUUUAUUUUUCUAGUCACAACAUUUUUUUCCCCAGUGUUUGAAAACUUGUCAGAGCCUUUUCAGUAUUUUCAAUGAAUAUUGUGGUACUUCUAUACUCGUUUAAGCCCAGAGCUCAUUCUUUCCAAACAGAGAGCCUUAAUCUUUACGUUGGGACACAGACCACAUACUUGGACAGCAGCCAUGCAUCCAUCUCCGAAGGGCUGUGGACAUGAAUGUGUAUUUCCCGUGAUCUCUGCUGCCCGCACCCACAGUGCGGGGUCGUGUAAGUUCACUGCUGCCCUAAGGUAAUCUAUCUAAGAUUAAAAUGUAAACAUUUAUUUUUGUUAUAUAAAUUUAUAAGAUGUUUUAUGUUUAAUGCCUAAUUUCUUGAAAGUGCCAGAAAAAAUGUAUAGUAACUAUUUUGAUUUUAUGUACGAUGAUUUAUACUCUCAUUUUGAAAAGACAUCAUAAAGCACAUAAGCUAGAUGAUUACAAGUAGUUGUUAUCUUUUUUCUAACCAAGUAUUUAAAACAUUGAAGGUUUUUAAAGACUCACGGUUUCAAAUGGUACUUGGAGCUCCUGGUCCAAAUCACCUAGGCCACUGGAGAAAUAAGUGGGAUAGACAUAAUAAUUAUUUUCAGUGGUUUGUGGUGGGCAAUAUUGAAAUAUAUGAAAUGAUAAAAUGAAAAGAAGAACAAAAUAUGAUGAGAGGUGACUGAAUUAUGAACCUCAUAAAAGUGUCAUAAUUUCAUUAAGGUUUAAUUACAUUUUUUUAGAAAACAGUGAUGAAUUCUGCAGUCCAGUGCUUGCCAAGUGCAAAUUGCCUAUUGGAAUUUUUUUCCUUCAUUUUACAAAAAUCAGUGGCUGAAAUAACUCAGAUUAAGAGCUCAGCCCUGGUUUGAAUUUAAUCAUCUCUUUAGAUCUCAUCAGGCCAACAUCUGAAAACUUGUUCACUUUUCAUUUUAAAAGUCGCCUGGUUGAAGUGCUAUUAUGAAGUGUGGGCUAUGGAAAGGCAGCUUUUCCUACACUGAUAAAGAAAAAGUGAGGCAAUUAUUCCAUCCCACUGUGACAUCUGCGACUUUUCAGAUUUAAUAAUCUUGCUGUUUUCCCUCUUUAUGACAAAGAAUGCAAUUGGGAAGAUGAAGCAUCUUGAAAAUGGUAGAGACCAGCUCACUGGCAUGCUUUUCCAUGCCUGUAUUCAUGGAUCGAUUUUGUGAUGCUCUGUAUUGCAUUUCUGAAAUUGUAAAGUGAGCUACGUUGGGUUGGUUGUCACUAUAUUUCAGUCAAUCUAGUCUCUGCCAUGAAGACAUCAUAUGCAUAAGCACAAUCAUCAUUGAUUAGAAGAUAAUGGCAGAAUACCCCUGGAUUAAAGAGAAGUUCAUAAAGUGCAAGGCACAUCCUCUCUGAAUUCAGAUCUUUCACAAGCACUGCUUUGCCUGGUGAUUUCCACCACUCUGUAUGAAUGACUUUGACCGAGCAAUCUCUGACAUCACAGGGUUCCUUCAGUGCAUGGUAAUGGCCAUGUUGCACACCUAGCAUUGUACAUGCUAUAGCAACAUCCUUUCUAGACACCUUACAGCUCAAAAAUUUUUAUUGCACUUCUUGUCCUAUUUGUCACCAGGGAAGUAGGUAUGAUAUCUAAAGUAUAAAACCUUUUCUGCAUAGAGAACCUCAUUACAAAUAAUCAUGUCAUCUUGAAAUUUCAUUAUCAGAAUUUUCCCUAGAAGUUUUCAAACAUAGGCUAUGCAAUAUGGCCCUAAAAUAUUCACUGAAAUAUCUCUUUUAAUUUGAGAAGCAGUUGGUAAGAAUAAGUUGUGAUAUAAAGUAUUUUAAGGCCCUCCAGCAAAAACCCUAAAAGAAUAAAUGAUAGCACAGUUCAUGAAGGUUGGGGGAGUGGAGUGAACUUCAGAAAGAAAACUCCGCUCUUUAGAAUAUAGGUACUUUCCUAAAGUGUAUUUAUUGAUGCAUCAUUACUGUUUAACUUUAUACUACAGUUUUCAAUAAAUAUUGUCACAUUUA